AAGGCAGAAGUGUUCAAUUUCUAAAUUUAGAAAGCUAAGGAAGUAGUUGAUCAGUCUUGCCGUGAACUAGUUCAUGUUGUUUAGUCUGCUCACUCACCGACAUGGCUGUUCAUCUCAGCUUUCUUUUCAUCCUCACUGCAGUCACAGGAAUUCACAGCGUGAAUACAGUCAGUAAAGUGUCAGUGAAGGCAGGAGAUUCAAUCACUAUCCCAUGUCUCUAUGGCUCACAAUACAUGAACAACGUGAAAUACUUGUGUAAAGGAUAUUACUGGAGCUCCUGUUCAUAUGCAGUUAAAACAAACCAACCACAUAGUUCAGGAAAGUUUUCAAUCUCUGACGACAAAAACCAAAGAAUCUUCACUGUGACUAUAAAAGAUCUGAUGAAUACAGACACUGAUUACUGGUGUAAUGUGGAGAUUAAUGGAAGGGUAGAUGUUGGACAGUAUUUUCACCUGUCCAUCACCACAGAUACACCCAGCCUCUCUGUGGAUCAUCAGGAGAUUACAGGAUUUAUUGGAGAGAGUAUAAACAUCAGUUGUUACUAUAGAAACUCUGGAGAAAGGAGGUGGUGCAGGUUGGGCAUGAACUGUGUGACAGGGUCAUCAGUAUCAAUGGAUGGAACAAGUGUGACCAUCAGUGCGACAGUCCCCAAUGUUUUCACUGUGACUAUGAGUGGACUGAAGGCAGAGAGCAGCGGCUGGUAUUACUGUGUUAAAGGAGAAUUACAGAUGCCAGUUCAUGUCACUGUUACUGAGACACCUACUACCACCACUUCAUCAUCACCCACUCCCAAACCUGUCAAUACCACCUCUGAUUCACUUCCCAGUGUUACAGCUAAUCGAAAGGGGUUCUUCAUCCCACUGAGUUUGUUGAUCGUCAUUGUCUUGGUGAUCUUGUUCAUGUGGUUUACAUUUAGAAAAGUGAACAAACAGACGGAAGCAGAAUCAUCAACCACAGCAACAGCUGAAGAGGAAGUGAAAUACAGUACUAUUAAACACAAGAGAAAACCAGGCCAGGGGUCAGAUGCUAAGAGUGAUGGGGAAGUGAUGUACAGCUCUGCGGUUAAGCCUGCUGUAAAACAACAAAUGGAAAAAAGGGUUGAAGCAACAGCUGAAGAUGUUACAUAUAGCACAUUGGCUCAAAGCAAGCAAAACCUGUAAAUAUUAAGCCAUAACUAAAUCUAUCCCACAGGUGUAUCAUAUUAUUUUUAGAUGUUGUUGUCAUGGUUUUGUUUGGUUAUAAUGUAAUUUUUUCAUUUUUCAUUUUUAAGUUUUAUACCCUCUUCUUGUUUUUGAUCCUCCUCCGCAUAAUUGAAAAAGGAAAAAAAAACAAUGUUUGACAUGACCAUUGACAACACUGCUGUAUUACUUAGUAAGCCUCACAAUGGUAAAUAAUCACAACUUAUACUUUAAAGAUGUUAGUGUGUACUUCCUCUGUGCUUAAACUUAUUUAUUUUUCAAUAUUUGAACUGUCUUCAUAGCCUGCUUUAAUGUGUUUUUGCUCAUAUUGCAUGAUAAGAGAAUACGUAAUUAUUAAAUGUAGUAAAUGAAAAAGACUAAAAGAACAAACUUACAGUAGGCCUAUUGUGUAGUAAAAUGAGCUGGGGAACAGUUGAGUCCUGAAGUGGUGUAAGAAUUUCCUGUCCUCAAAGUGAUGUCAAAGUGUGUCUCCUUUGGUUACUGAAAGUUCGCAAAUAGAAAUCACUCAUAAAAAUCUAAAUCAUUUUAUUUCUACUCCUUUGAAAAGCCACAACGUAAUAACAUCUACCAUUGUACAUACUAUAAUAUAGAACUUUCCUGUGAAAAACGAGCACAUAGGUCGUUUGUGCAGCAGGUUAUAAUGACCCAUAGUUAUGCUUUGUUAGUGCUGAUCGUUUCUUCUAAAACUUUGUUUCCACUGGACCUUGCAUCUACGUUUACUGUAAACUUUAUUCUGAACCCACAUUGUAACUGCAUAGAUAUUUAUGUACAUCACCUAACCAAUACAAUGUGACUGAUUUAUUUUCAUCCACACUGAACUCAAAUAUAUAACUUGUGAAUCAUACAUGCUUAAAAGUCAAGAAUUUAGAAAAGUAAGACUGGUAUUUGUUGCUGUCAGUUUAACACAUUGAGCCAGAGCAAGAGCAACAGUUGAAAUAAAAACAGUCUGCACCAGAAGCCACUCAAGCUGACCAAAUACAGGAAGUGACUUUCUGACUAAAGUGGUUUAACUCCAUCUAUUAUCAGUGAGAAUUCAGAAACAGCAGAUUCAAUUACUGAUUAAAAGAUAUGACAAUAAUUAUGCUUCUUUGGACAAUGCUACACAUUCGUGUUUUGAGGCUUACACUUCAUUAUUGU